AGCAGCAUCGCACACACCAGCAGUUCGUGGAUGCCGGUCUUAAGGUUGUAAAGGUCCCCAGAACGUCAGCACAAUUGCCGUGGCCAAACGCGUUUCUUAUAAAUUAAUACGCGAAUAAAAGUUGACGCCAAAAAAAAAUCCACCGAGACCGCACCAAGAACAACGUCCCAAGAUGGUACAGUGCUUACGCGACAACUCCUGGUGACGUUCCUCAAGAUGUGAAGACGUGAAGAACUGAUGUGUUGAUCUCGACGAUUUUUCAAACUUCACAACCAACCUGACGGUUUUCACUAUGUGGCUAACUGUAGGGAAGCCCCCUGUUAUUAGUGUCUUAACUUUUGUGAUAUAUUCCCAUUGGACUCUUCUGGCUAUCGCCCAGAAUUCAUCCAGGAUCUCCGAACCCCUCCUAUCUGGAUACAGAAUAGAUCCAGCGUCAGUAGUUUGUCCCUCUGAUAAAUUCAAAUGUCCGGAAGGGAAAUGCAUUUCCCAGCAACUAGUAUGCAAUUAUCAAAAAGACUGCGAGAAAGGAGAAGAUGAGUUUCAAUCGUGUCCUCCACCAGAGUGUGAACAGGGCCAAAUAACGUGUCGGCAGUAUAUAUGGAAUAAAACAUACUGCAUACCGCCAUAUUAUCGCUGUGACAAAACCGUUGAUUGUAUAGAUGGAACUGACGAAGUCGAAUGUACAUAUAGACAAUGCCAAGUAGACGACUUCCACUGCGGCUCCAAACUUUCCGAUCCAUGUAUACCAAAGGAAAAAAAAUGCGACGGUUACUUAGACUGCAGGUCGGGUAAGGACGAAGAAGGAUGUCCUGGAGUCGCCUGCCUUCCUGACCAAUAUAGAUGUGCCAAUGGUCUGAAAUGUAUCCCGUCUUCGAUGAAGUGCGAUCAUAAAGACGACUGCGGGGAUAAAUCAGAUGAAUUGGGAUGUCAUUUUCCACUCUGUAAUAGCGGACAGUUCCGAUGUGAUAACGGAUUGUGCAUACCUGUAAGUUUUCACUGUGAUGGUCUCAACGAUUGUGCGGACAUGUCCGACGAAAAAAAUUGUACUUCGAUUUCCUGUGCACCGGAUCAUUUUCUUUGUCCGAAAGGUGGCAUCAACGGUGGCGGAAAAUGCAUAUCCAAAACGAAGCUGUGCGAUGGUAAAAGAGACUGUGAAGAUGGUGCUGAUGAAAAGACUGCCUGUUCGAGCGCUUCUUGCGCAGCCCUCCAAUGCCAGUACAAAUGCAGGGCGUCACCAAACGGUGGCAUUUGCUAUUGCAAAGAUGGCGAAAAAUUGGCGCCCGAUAACACCACCUGCAUCGACAGAGACGAAUGUUUGGAGUGGGGGCACUGCGAGCAGCUGUGCACAAAUACGCCCAGCGGGUACACCUGCGCGUGUGCUACAGGCUUCACUCUAGCCAACAGGACGAAAUGCAGCGCGCAAGACGCUGAGUAUCUGAAGAUUAUGUUCAUCCACGAGAAGUCCAUCAUAAGUUUGAAUUCUGCAGGUUCUAGCACCGUCAUCACCAAUACGACAAGCGGAAGCGGUUUGGAUUACCAUUUCGAUGAGAACAUCCUGUUUUGGUCGGAUGUAAAAACUAAAAGGAUUCAUUCCCAGCAGUUGAGAGAAACCGGCACCAGUAUAGUCCACGUCAGUGACGUCGACAUCACCCUCCCUAGUUUUUGGAUGCCCGUAGCCUUGGCCGUGGAUUGGGUCGGGGACAAACUCUACGUAGUGGACGCCAUUGGGCUCAAAAUCGAUGUUUUCGAGCUACACGGCAGAUGGCACGCUGUGGCCUUGGGUUCUAACCUCACAAAUCCGGCCGACAUAGCCCUGGAUCCGUCCAUUGGUUACAUGUUCAUCGCUGACAGCUCGCAGAUACUCAGGGCCAACAUGGACGGUACCAAUCCACGUGCGAUAGUGGCAGAAGCCGCCUACAAAGCCGUGGGGGUGACUGUGGAUAUAAUAACGAAGAGGGUGUUCUGGUGCGACAGUCUGUUGGAUUAUAUUGAGACGGUUGAUUACAACGGCGAAAGGCGGUUUUUGGUGAUCAGAGGACAGCCGGUGCCAAGUCCAGCCCGCUUGACGCUUUUCGAGAACAGGAUAUAUUGGACAGAUGGAACUAAACAAGGCAUAAUGUCCGUGGAUAAGUACGGAGGAACCUCAAGUAUCCAACCAUUCUUCAAAACGAAGGACGUGAGAGACCCUAAGGCGGUUAAAGCUGUCCAUCCCCUCGUUCAGCCGUUCAUAACCAGCCCUUGUGGUCACACAAACGGUUUCUGCCAACACAUGUGCAUCGUAACAAACGCUGGCGCAGAAUUGGGAUACCGAUGCGCUUGCAACAUAGGAUGGCGAUUGGCUGAAGAUGAGAGGAAUUGUGAGCUCGUUUCAGAGUUCUUGAUGUUCUCACAACAUAGAUUUAUCAAGGGAAGAGUACUGAACCCGGUUGUUGAAGGAUUCAGCGACGCCAUCUUACCGGUGGUGUCCCGCAGGGCGCGAUUCGUCGGUCUAGAUUUCGACGCGAGGGACGAGCACAUCUACUAUUCAGACGUCCUUCAAGACGUCAUAUAUAGAGUCCACAGAAACGGUAGUUCUAAAGAGAUCAUCUUAGCUUCCCAAAACGAAGGAGUUGAAGGGCUUGCCGUCGACUGGGCAGCUAAAAACUUAUACUACAUAGACAGCAGGAAAGGUACACUGAACGUGUUGUCGACAAGGAACAUAACGUACCGUAGGACCUUGCUGAAGAACCUAAAACGUCCAAGAGCUAUUGUCGUACAUCCAAAUAGGGGUUUCGUGUUCUUUUCCGAAUGGGACAGACCGGCGAAUAUUUCUAGAUCAUACACCGACGGUACUAACCUCACUGUCUUCAGGAAUUUAACUUUGGGAUGGCCUAACGGUCUAUCGAUCGAUUUCGAAACGGACAGACUUUAUUGGUGCGACGCCUUGCUGGAUCACGUCCAACAUUCGAAACUGGACGGUACUGAUCUGAAGACCAUAAACUCCAGGCUCAUCAGGCAUCCGUUCAGUAUUGUCGUAUUCAGGGACUAUAUGUAUAUUACGGAUUGGAGAUUAGACGCCAUCAUUAAACUACACAAGUUGACCGGAGAGGGAGAGGAAACGCUUGUUAAAGAAUCGCAGACGAACAGACUUUACGGAGUUAAGAUAUUCAGCGAAGCUGAGCAGAGAAUCAGCAGCUCACAUCCUUGCUGGAACUUCAACGGUGGCUGUCAGAAGUUAUGCUUCGCUGUACCUCUAAAUGGCGGUCAAUCGCUAGUUGCCAGAUGUGGUUGUCCGUACGGGGAAAAACUUAUGGAUGAUCAGAAGAGUUGUCAACCUGAUUCAAGCUCUGAACCACCCGUACAAGCGUGUCCUAACAACUGGGACUUCACCUGUAAUAAUCAGAGAUGCAUACCGAAAUCAUGGGUUUGCGAUGGAGACGAUGAUUGUUUGGAUAAUAGUGAUGAAGAACAAAACUGCACAAAACCAACGUGUCGUACUAACGAAUUCCAGUGUAAAUCUGGAAGAUGCAUUCCGAUGAACUUCAAAUGUGAUGGGGAGAACGAUUGUGGCGAUUACAGUGACGAAACUGGAUGUGGCAACGUUACUUGUGGAUCUACACAGUUCAAAUGUGAGAAUGACAGAUGUAUACCUAGCAGUUGGAAGUGCGAUUCGGAAAACGAUUGUGGAGAUGGUUCAGAUGAAGGUGAUUCUUGCGCAGAGAAAACUUGUGCUUACUACCAAUUCACAUGUCCUAGAACCGGGCAUUGCAUACCACAAAAUUGGGUGUGCGAUGGCGAUGAUGAUUGCUUCGACAAACAAGACGAACAGGACUGCCCUCCUAUUGUUUGCCAAUCGAACCAAUUCAAAUGCACUGAUCAGAAGCAGUGUGUCCAAGAAAAUUACAAGUGCGACGGAAUACCCGACUGUAACGAUGGAAGUGAUGAAUUGGGAUGUCCAUCCAUUCCACCAAACCAAUGCAACCCUGACAAACAAUUCCAAUGUCAAUCAUCUGGAAUAUGUCUGCCAAAAGCCUGGUAUUGUGAUGGAACUCCAGACUGCGAAGAUAAAUCCGAUGAACCAGAAUCUUGUGGACAAGUCGACUGUCCCAUCAACUUUUACAAGUGCAACAAUUCCAACUGCGUUUUCAAGGCUUAUAUUUGUGAUGGAAGGGAUGAUUGUCUAGAUGGCUCUGAUGAAAGUUACAUUCACGGCUGCGUCAAGCCACCAUUCAGAUGCCCAGAUGGCCAAUGGCUGUGUCCUGAUGUGACAGAGAGAUGUGUUAAUUUAACCAAUGUUUGCGAUGGAACUCCCCACUGUCCAAACGGCGCAGAUGAGGGAGAAGGCUGUGAUUUGAAUGAAUGUAAACAUCAAAACGGACUAUGUUCCAAUGGGUGUAAACAAACUCCAUCGGGACCGUUAUGUUUAUGUCCGAAAGGGGAAGUACUCAGCAAAGACGGUUUCACUUGUGAAGACGUUAACGAAUGCGAACCACCUGGAUUAUGUUCACAGACGUGUACCAACCUUAAAAGAGGCUACAUGUGCAGUUGUGUAGCUGGGUAUACUUUGGAACCAGACAAACACUCCUGUAAAGCUUUCAAUCAUUCAGCAGCCUUCCUCAUCAUUUCUAACAGACACUCCAUUCUUAUUGCUGAUCUCAAAGAACAAGGGUUAGAGAGGGUGCCAAUAAUAGUGGAAAAUGUUGUGGCAACUGCUUCAAACAUGCAUUCCGGUACCAUAUUCUGGUCUGAUAUGAAAUUGAGGAAGAUCUCAAGAUUGGAUAGGGGCCAAGAAACUGUGGAUAUAAUUUCCAAUGGCUUGGAUUUGGUUGAAGGUUUAGCUUACGAUUGGAUUGCCGGUAACUUAUAUUGGCUGGACUCGAAACUUAACACUAUUGAAGUUGCUAAAGAGAAUGGAUCGAACAGGAUUGUGUUGGUCAAGGAGAAUAUUACACAGCCUAGGGGAAUGUGCCUGGAUCCUAGUCCAGGAACUAGGUGGCUUUUCUGGACAGAUUGGGGAGAAAAUCCAAGAAUUGAGAGGAUAGGAAUGGACGGUACCAACAGGUCUGUCAUAAUCAACACAAAAAUCUAUUGGCCAAAUGGUUUAACAUUAGACACCACGACUCAAAGGGUAUAUUUCGCCGAUUCUAAAUUGGACUUCAUAGAUUUCUGUUAUUAUAACGGCAGUGGUCGACAACAAGUACUUGCUGGAAGUCACUAUUUAUUACAUCCGCAUUCACUAACCCUAUUCGAAGAAACGCUCUUCUGGACAGACCGUCAAUUGAACAGAGUUUUGUCCACAAACAAAUUCAGAGGUACAAACCAAACUGUUGUUAGUCACUUGAUUUCACAACCGCUGAGUAUACAUGUUUAUCAUCCUUCACUUCAACCUAUCUCUGAAAACCCGUGCAAGGAUUCGCCUUGUCAACAUAUAUGUCUACUCUCGCCAACAUCCGCAUCUGGGUUCACGUGUAAAUGCAAAACUGGCUUCAAAAUAACCCCUGAAGGUAAAUGCGUCGAAGAGGACACGUCAUACCUGAUGGUUAUCAAAGGCUCCCAAUUGUUGGACGUUUCUCUUGUACCGGGAGAUUCCACUUCAGGUUUCAUUUCUUCGAUUGUAGGCGUGGACAAUGGAGUACAAAUUGAUUAUGACAGGAAGAGCAAUAUGAUCUAUUGGAUUGAAGAUAAAGAUGGUGAUAAUAAUUACACUGUGUUCACCGCGCCUUUUGGAGGCGGUAAAAAGACCCAACUUUUCGGACCGGACUCUGGAAUUGUCGGAUCCCCGUCAACAAUAGCAUUCGACUGGUUAGGAAGAAACCUUUAUAUCGGCAACCAGAUAGCCAACAAUAUCGAAGUAGUGAGGGUUGACAGCAAGAUCAAACAGCGAAAAAUAAUAUUAGCGAAUGAUGGUAACAGAUCCUCUGUCGCUAAACCAAGAGCGAUUUGUCUGGACCCCUUUGAUGGAAAAUUAUACUGGGCUGAUGAGGGAGGUUACGGGGUUCCUCAAAAAAUUGGAAAGGCCAAUAUGGAUGGGUCUUCAUCUAUAAUUUUAGUGGAUAAUGUUGAAAGGCCUGAAGCAUUAGCCAUCGAUAUCGAAAACAAAAUGUUGUACUACAGCACUCAGUUUCCACCAUUGGUAGUCGCUAUAGACGUAUUCGGUAAUGGAAGAAAGAAUAUCCUGGAGACGAAAGAUAAUAUAGCCUUCCCAAAGGCUUUGGGCGUUUUGGCAAGUCGCUUAUAUUAUUUGGAUCCUCAAUAUGAAAAGUUAGUCAGAGUGGAUCUGCCCUCAGGUCAAAAUCCUAAAAUGAUCUUAGAAAAUGAACCCGAGCUCAAGACGUUCACUAUAUUCAAAAAGCGCCCUCUAGUAAAUCACCCCUGCUUACAAAACAACGGAGGAUGUGCCCAUAUAUGUAUCCCGGCUGAAGGGGGAACCAAAGUAUGUGCUUGUGGUAUUGGUUAUAAGAAAGAACAAAAUGGGUGUAUCCCGUACAAAACAUUUGCUGUUGUCUCUCAACUCGAUACAACGAGAGGAUACAGUUUGAAAGAUAGCUCAGAGGCUAUGGUACCAAUUAGUGGCCCAGGUCAUCACAUCCUACACGUCGAUGUUCACUACGCACAGAGUUGGAUUUACUGGGUAGAAUUCAACAGAGGCAUGUGGAAUGGAAUAUUUAGAAUCAGACCGAAUGGUACAGAAAUUCAACACAUAAUCAAGGAAGGCAUAGGAAGCAAUGGUAUACGAGGACUUACCAUCGACUGGAUAUCAAAUUACUUGUAUUUCACCAAUGUAUACCCCCACGAAAAUUACUUGGAAGUCUGCAAACUAGAUGGAAGUUAUCGGAAAGUUCUUGUGAAGACAACCGUGGAUGCUCCAAGGGAAAUUGCUGUUAAUCCAAUCAAGAGAUACAUCUAUUGGAUAGAUUAUGGACAGUAUCCAAGAAUAGGUAGAUGUAACCUAGAUGGUUCGAAUUGGAAGUCCUUAAUCACUUCUGGCAUAAGCAAUCCUCGAGAUAUCACAAUCGAUAUGAGCAACCACGACGUAUACUGGGUGGACUCGAAAUUGGACAUAAUCCAAAAAAUUUCUUACAAAGGCUCAGAGAGGGUGAUAAUCAGAAGGAACUUACCGAACCCUAUGGGUAUAGCUGUUCACAAAUCAGACGUAUACUGGGUCGACAGAAACCUACAGACGAUUUUCAAAGCUCCCAAAGUCGCUAACACCGUCGGUCUUCCAACGAUGUUGAGAACAAACUUACCAAAACUGAGGGACAUCGUGAUUUUCGAUGCGUCGAAUCAGCCCGACGACGAAAUGAACAUGUGCAAGGAAUCGAAUGGAGGUUGCGAACAGUUGUGCUUCUCAUUCAAUACAGAGGAAAAUCCGUAUAGUUACAGGUGCGACUGCGCAACUGGACAACCUGAUAUCAACAAUCAAAACAAGACUUGCACUUUCGUUGAUGAAUACUUGGUGUUCUCCACCCGCACAGAGAUCAGAGUAAUCAAUCUAGAUCUGAAAUCGACAAGUAUUCCCUUCAAACCGUUAACCAACUUGACCAAUGUCGUAGGUAUUGAUUUCGAUUACAAGGAUGAGAAAAUAUUGUUCACUCAGAUACGUCCAGCAGCCCGUAUAGCCUGGAUGCCUUCCUCUAAUCCUACCAUAGAAAGCAUCAAGACUAUCAUAAAUAAAACAAUAAAUCCAGAAGGCAUAGCGUACGACUGGACCCAGAAGAAAGUAUAUUGGACUGAUUCCUCAAACCACAGUAUAUACGCCAUGAACUUAGACGGCUCGGAUUUGAUAAUGAUAACAAGAGUUGAGAGACCAAGAGCAAUUGUUAUAAAUCCAUGCAAUGGAACAUUAUUCUACACCGAUUGGGGAAAAUUUGGCACUUCUGGUAAAAUUAUGAGAACCACGAUGGCAGGCUCUUUGAAAACAGUCAUUAUCGACAAAAAUUUGGCUCAGCCAUCUGGUUUAGCGAUCGAUUACGACGAUCAAAUGCUCUACUGGACUGACGCUGUUAGGGAAAAAAUCGAAAGGUCAGAUUUGAACGGGAAAAAUCGGGAAGUACUCAUAUCUGCCACUAUUUAUCCUUUCUCAAUAACAAUAUACGGCAAAUACAUGUACUGGACCGACUUGCAACUCAGAGGCGUGUAUAGAGCUGAGAAACACACAGGUGCCAACAUGAUUGAGAUGGUGAAGAAACUGGAGGACAGUCCUAGAGAUAUUCAAGUAUUUUCACCGAUGAGGCAGCGAUGCAGUGUCAAUCCUUGUCAAAUCAAUAACGGUGGAUGUGCCCAAAGCUGCCAUCCUGGAAUAAAUGGACAAGCGGAAUGUAGAUGUGCCGAUAACACUAAACUAGUCAACGAGGGAAGGAUGUGCGUUGCCAAGAAUUUGAGUUGUGACUCCAGCAAAUUCUAUUGUAGAAAUGGAAGGUGCAUUUCUAGAAUGUGGGCUUGUGAUGGGGAGGAUGACUGUGGCGACUCCAGUGAUGAAGACGAGAAAUAUUGUUCUUUCCACUCAUGUUCUACUAAUGAAUUCCGCUGUGAUAAUGGCAGAUGCAUAUUCAAAUCUUGGAAAUGUGAUUAUGAAAACGAUUGCAAAGAUGGCUCCGAUGAGAGAGACUGUACAUAUGCACCUUGUGCAGAUGGCGAAUUUACAUGCGCAAAUCAUAGAUGCAUACCCAUGUCACAGGUAUGCAAUGGCGUGAACGACUGCAAGGACAACAUAACAUCUGACGAAACUCAUGAAAGGUGUCCUACCAACACAACAUGCCCGCCUAACCACCUCAAAUGUGAAAAAACGAACAUUUGCGUUGAACCAUAUUGGCUCUGCGAUGGCGACAACGAUUGUGGAGAUAAUUCCGAUGAAAAUCCAGUACACUGUGCCCAGAGGGAAUGUUCUCAGAAUAGUUUUAGAUGUCCGAACCACAGAUGUAUCCCAGCGGCAUGGUAUUGUGACGGAGAUGACGAUUGUGGUGAUAAAGCAGAUGAACCACCGGAAUAUUGUAAAAGCGAAGGAAGAACUUGCUUCGGCGAUCUGUUCACUUGUGAUAAUGGUAACUGUGUACCAAGGAUUUAUAUAUGUGAUGGGGAUAACGAUUGUCUUGAUAACAGUGACGAAGAUAGCCGACAUCAAUGCAACGAUAGAAAAUGCGAUGAAGACACUGAAUUCACCUGUGAAGCAAAUAAAUCCUGGGGUAGGGUUCAGUGUAUCCCCAAAAAGUGGCUGUGUGAUGGCGAUCCAGACUGUGUAGAUGGCGCUGAUGAAAAUUCGACUCUAUACCAUUGCGCCACACCGCAACCUUGUAGCGAUGAUCUCUUCACUUGCGGAAACGGACGUUGUAUCAACAAAGGUUGGCUUUGUGACCACGAUAAUGACUGCGGUGAUGGAACCGACGAAGGAAGGGAAUGUAAUUUGAAAUACAAGACUUGUUCGAGUAAUGAAUUCACAUGCCAAAAUUUCAAGUGUAUAAGAAGUCAGUAUAGGUGUGAUGGAGAAGAUGAUUGCGGUGAUCAUUCAGAUGAAGUCAAUUGUGUCAAAGAAAACAGUACGUGUGCCAAUUCGAGUCAGUUCAGAUGUAAUAAUGGACAAUGCAUCGAUUAUCAUCUUGUGUGUAAUAAAGUAGCAGAUUGUGCGGAUGAAUCUGACGAGCCCCUGCAUUGUAACGUUGAUGAAUGUGCCAAAGUUGAGAUAAAUCAAUGUGGACACAAGUGCGUUGAUACGCUCACCGGAUUUUACUGUGAAUGCAACCAGGGCUACAAAUUAUUAGAAGACGGCAAGGCAUGUGCAGAUCUGGACGAAUGUACAGAAAAACCAGGCAUUUGUUCACAAUACUGUUCGAACACCCCAGGCAGCUACUACUGUAAAUGUAACGAUGUUUAUUACGAAAGAGAACUAGACGAACACAGCUGCAAGCGCAAGGACAACAUCAAGCCGUGGCUGAUAUUCAGCAACAAGUACUACGUCAGAAACAUGUCCGUCGAUGCUACGGUCUACAGUUUGGUCCAUCAGGACCUAUUGAACGUUGUAGCUUUGGACUUCGACUAUGUCGAGCAAUACAUGUACUUCUGCGACGUCACUGCCAAGACAAUUUACAGGGCGAAAUUCGGUACUACAGUGAAGGAACCUGUCAUCAGGCAUGACUCGCACGGUCUGGAAGGAAUUUCGAUAGAUUGGGUCGGUAGGAAGAUUUAUUGGCUGGACCGACAUUCUAAGAAUCUUGACGUUGCCGAACUUGAUGGUACCAAGAGGAAAACUCUGAAAUCUGGUAUACCCGAUCCAAGGGCGAUAAUCGUCCAUCCAGGAACAGGUUAUUUAUACUUUACAUCUUGGCACUUACAAGCAUACAUUGGGAAGAUUGGCAUGGACGGUUCAAAUUUCACGAUGAUUCUGAAUUGGAACGAUGAUAUCGCCUGGCCUAAUGCCAUCACCAUAGACUUUUUCGCCGACAAACUCUAUUGGGCGGACGCUCAUUUGGAUUACAUCGCUUACUCCGAUCUAGAAGGCCAUAACAGACACAUUGUCCUAUCCGGAUCCAAGGUUCCACAUGUAUUCGCUUUGAGUUUGUUCGACGAUUACAUUUAUUGGACCGAUUGGAAUCUGAAAGCGAUCAGUAGGGCCAACAAACAUACGGGAGCUGAUUUGAGGGUGCUACGUAACACAACGCACAAGCCCUAUGAUAUCCACAUCGUACAUCCCUUGAGACAAAUUAAAUACAGCAAUCCAUGUGGGACAAACAACGGAGGAUGUUCACACCUUUGUCUCAUUGCUCCGCCCCAUAUAUCUUCUUAUUUGAACAUCGAUAGCUACGGGGAGGAAGGCAACACUAAUACGACUUACAAAUGCGCAUGUCCCAACCAGUUUUAUUUGGCUAGCGAUAAGAAGACGUGUGUUGCCAACUGUACCGCUGGACAAUGGCAGUGCAAGGGCGCAGAUGAAAAAUGUAUUCCAUGGUUUUGGAAGUGCGACGGAGAGAAGGAUUGCAGAGAUGGUUCGGACGAACCAGAAUCCUGUCCAGCGCGACAGUGUCGUAGUGGAACCUUCCAAUGUCAAAAUGGUUUCUGCACAGCUUCAUCAACGAUCUGCGAUGGAACUGACGACUGUGGCGAUGGAUCGGACGAACAGAAAUGUGACUUACCUUGUCCUGAGUUGGAAUUCAAGUGCAAAUCGAAUGGUCGUUGCAUUUUGGACAGUUGGAAGUGCGAUGGGGACAUCGACUGUAAGGAUGGAUCAGACGAGGCCUUGGAGAUAUGCCACAACAGGACAUGUGAUCCCGACACCGAAUUCACGUGUAAAAAUGGAAGAUGCAUACAGAAGCUGUGGGUUUGCGACUUCGACAACGAUUGCGGUGAUGAUUCAGAUGAACCGGCUUAUAUGUGCAGACAGAGGAAUUGUACCACUGGAUGGCAGCGUUGUCCUGGUAGAUCUAAUUAUCGUUGCAUCCCUCAAUGGUUGUUCUGCGACGGUAAGGAUGACUGCAGAGACGGUUCAGAUGAGCUACCGGAGAACUGCCCAGCUUGCGACCCUGAAACUGAGAUGAAGUGCAAGAAUAACAGGUGUAUACCGAAGGGCUGGAAAUGCGAUUAUUCUGAUGAUUGCGGUGAUGGUUCUGACGAGGCCAAAGAACUUUGUCAGAACGUUUUCAGAGAAUGCUCUGAAUCCGAAUUCAGGUGUAAUAACGGAAAAUGCAUAUCCACGAGAUGGCGCUGCGAUCACGAGAACGACUGCGGCGACAAUUCGGACGAAAUGGAUUGUACCGGGUUCCAGUGCAAGAACAACACCUUCCAAUGUUACUCGGGUCACUGCAUCGCCUCCUAUUACCGAUGCGAUGGAGAGAGGGAUUGCAGAGAUAUGUCUGAUGAGAAAGGCUGUCCACCCAAGUACCCAGGUGGACGAUACUGCCCUGAGUUCAAGUUCCAGUGCAACAACAACCUGUGCAUCAGCCAAAGUGAUAUCUGCGAUGGUACAGACGACUGCGGUGAUGGAUCCGAUGAGUCGCCCUCUAUUUGUAGCAACUUCAACUGCGACGUCCUGAGGAGAUUCCAGUGCAAUAACAGGAAGUGCAUACCCAGAUAUCAACUCUGCGACGGAAUAGACAACUGCGGCGACGGUUCCGACGAGAACAACAUGACCUUGUGCGCUACGAAAGUAAAACCUUGCAACGUCUUAACCGAGUUCAAAUGCGCCAACAGGAAAUGCAUAGACCGCGCCCAAAUGUGCGAUUUCGCUGAUGACUGCGGCGACAGCUCAGACGAGCUCGGCUGUCACCACAACAGCGAUUGCCUGGAUUCCACCAGAGGCGGCUGCGAGCACCAGUGCACCAACAUAACGGGAAGCGGCUACAUCUGCACCUGCUUCAGCGGAUUCAUCGUUUCCAAGGAGAACCGAAAGAAAUGCCUCGACGUGGACGAGUGCGCCACUGGAAUACACCACUGCUCGCAAAUUUGUACGAAUAUCAACGGAUCUUACGAGUGCUCUUGCGAGGAUGGCUUCGAACUAUCAGACAGCCUUUCCGGCGUUUGCAGGCUCCUACAAGGAGAGGUCAACUUAGUGUUUUCAAGCGGUCCGGAGAUCAGAUCCCUAUAUCUCGAAAGAAACGAAGAAGUGAACGUUAUUUCCGAUGAAAAACGAAUCGAAGCAGUGGAUUACGAUCCUAAAUCUGAAAUUAUCUAUUGGGCGGACAGUUACGACAAGGCCAUCAAGCGUUCUUACAUGAUCAAUGCGUCGGAAGGGGAGGUCAAAGUGGGCUAUGCUCAAGAUCUGGAUAUGAAAGGAAACGCUAAGCCGACCGCGCUAGCUGUCGACUGGGUGGGAGAUAACUUAUACUGGACGGAGAUCGAUCGAGUAGGUUCAAUAUCGAAGCCCAAAGGCAAAGUUAUGGUUGCCAAGACAGAUGGUAGAUAUCGAAGAGCGAUUGUUAGUGUCGGGUUGGAAAAUCCAACGUCUAUCGCUGUUGAUCCACAACUUGGAAAGAUGUACUGGACAGACGCUGGAUCGGCUCCUAAGUUGGAAGUAUCGUGGAUGGAUGGAUCAAAGAGAAGACCCGUCAUAACAGAAGGUAUUCGUCAGCCGGCAGGUUUAACCAUAGACUAUUCACAAGAUCACACAGUCUAUUGGGUGGAUAUAAAAUUGAACACUAUAGAAAAUAUUAAGUACGAUGGAACCAACAGAAAAGUUAUUCUGAGGGGAGAAAAACUGAAGCAUCCGAUAUCGCUGGAUGUUUUCGAAUCCAACCUCUACUGGGUUACCAAAGAUACAGGGGAAAUUUUACGUCAGGAUAAAUUUGGAAGGGGUGUGCCCACCAGCAUUAAGACUGAUUUAUUGAAUCCGUUGAGUGUUAAAGUUUACAAUAGACUUCGUUACAACACAUCAAUAACAAACCACUGCAGUCACAACGCAUGUUCCCAUCUCUGUCUUUUGGUACCUGGAGGCAGGAGAUGCGCAUGCCCCGACCUCAUCUACAGUACUCAAACACACAGAGGUAAGGGAGAGAGGAUAUGUGACGCUGCCAUUGAAAUGGCACGGGUGCUACCUCAGAAGUGUUUGUGCCAGAACGGAGGAGUGUGUAAGAAAGACGAUAAGGGCUUGGUGUGUGAAUGCCAAAAUGAAAACUUCCAAGGCGAACACUGUGAGCUUAAUACAGCGCACAGUAGAUUAGGAAUGGGCGAUAAGCCAGGAACUAUUAUUUUACCGAUUUUGGCUAUCCUGUUGGUGUUGGGAGCAAUAACGGCAGCUUGGUUCGUUGUUAAGAGGAGGCCAUUUGGAAAGACCACCCUUGGCAGCAGUCAAACGGUUGCUUUCAGACAGGGUAGCAAUGUGGAAUUUGGUUCAAGUUCCUUCGUUGGAGGUAACAGUGUAGAGCCCAUGGAUAUAUCUUACACUUUGGACCCAGUCAACACCAAAACAAGAGAUUUCCAUAACCCUAUGUAUGACGCGGUACAGAAUCAAAGUAGUGAAGCUCUUGCGAACGGCAAUGGUGAUGCUGCUUUGUACGAAGUUCCUGUAACGAGUAAAAUGAAAAGUGAAAUUUUCACAGAACCCCCAAGUGCUGUGAUAGCACCAUCCAGUGUAACGCACAGAUCCUCGAAUGUGCACAUCAAGCAACGAGAGCUUGAACCUGCGUCAUCGGAUACGGGCAAAGAUACUCAAAAAUUAGUAGAAGAAGACCCUUGAGAGACUAUUCCCACUGUUGGAAAUUUGUUUUUAUUAUGAGCAAUAUGAAGAAAGAGUCAUCUUUGAAGAAGCUGACUGAUGAUUUGUAAAUUAUUUAUAUAGAUGUUAUACAUUUUAUAAGUCAAGAAUCCAGAUCAAAUAUUAUUUUACGAAAUUUUACAUAUUUUAUUGAAGUUUUAAUUGAGAGUGAAAUAAAUGACGGUUUUCGGUA